AAGAACAAUACAUUGUGAUUUAACAUCCUAAAAUGGUCAAAACAUUAAGCAUAACUCUCAGUACAUCUACAUAUUUUUGGUUUGUGGUUACAGAAAGGAAAAACUAUAGGAAGUCAGUGAGGUAUAAAGGCCACCAGAGCAGGCCAACAAAUUAUACAGAUCUCUAGAAAAUAUCUUUCCCAUCUUUAACCAUCACUAUGUUCUGGAACCUCCUCGUUGCUUCUUUUGUCAUAGGCUCAGCCUGUGCAAUCCACUUGGAAUACCUCAAAGUUGACUCUGAUGAGGAACUUCUUGAUGGAUCAUUGGAUUCUGUUGAUCUGAAAAAAGAUUUGCAGAUACCUGAGGAACAGCUCCCUGGUGCUUGUUGGGCUUGUAAGUGGGCCAUGGGUAAAUUGAAAAAAGAACUUGGCAAUAAUUCAAAUCAGGACACCAUAAAACAAGCAGUGACUUCCGUCUGUGAUACGAUCGGAUUCCUGCAAAGUAUCUGUAGGAAAAUGAUUAACAAGUACUUGGAUGUCUUGGUGGAGGAACUAUCUACUACAGAUGAUCCAAAAACCAUCUGCGUUAAUAUUGGCAUUUGCUAGUAAAGUAAAAAUGUCAGUGAUCAUGCUGGAACUGAUUCAUGCUUUUCUGCAAAAACACCAAAAGAUUGGAAGAAAUCCAUCUGAGGAAAUAAUAUGUUUGAAAUACAAAUACUUUUGAACCAAGAUAAUGUCACUAUAUUGUGCUAAUAAACAUAUUUGAAACCAA